UAUAGCAGAGGGAAUAAGCAGAGGCUGUGGAAGAUUGGAAUGUCAAAAUCUUCGAAAGAACACGCGAGAUUUGAAGCGGUGGCUGGAAGCAUAUUCGAUUAAGCAUUGAAAUUACACCUCUAACCUCACAUGAAAAUUUAUUAUUGUUAAAAAUGUCAAAUUGUUUCAUAGAUUUGAAUUUAACAGUAUGCCGCAGCUGCCGCUCUAGGGCAGAGCAAAUGCCCGUUACAACUCUUCCCUCCAGUUGCUCUGCCAUUUGAGUGCUAUGUUCAGUCUUUCGACGCUACCUUAGGGCCUAAAUGAAGAAGAAUGGGAUCCACAGGAACCACUUGCGGGUGGCCGACGUCCUUAUCAGCACCUCCGACGACGACGGCGGAGGCGGUGGCGAAAUGGGCGGCGAUGCGGCGGCGAAAUCCGAUGGAAGAAGGGGCUACGGAGUUCUUCGGCGAUUCUCGCCGCGGGCGGCUCUGUCUCGGUGGUUGUCGUCUGUGAAGGGGUCCAAGGUCCAGAGCGUUGAGUCGCAGCGUAGGGAAGAGAAAGAGGAGGAGGGGGGUGAAGCCAUUGGAGGGUCGGUGCAUACAGGGUUUUUGAUGAAUGGACCGAAGGACAAUGAACUGUCGUCUUCAAAUUCGGAGGAGUGUGGGGGAGGUUCUGAAGUGAUUCAUGAGUCAGGAAGAUGCAAGCAGGAGACCUGUUUCAACUUGGGUGUUGGAUUUGGUCUGAUUUUUCUCAUUGCUACAAGUAAAAAUGAGCUUAAUAAGAUGAUGGAGUUGCGCACUGAAAUGGAAACUUUUCUUCAAAAUGUCAAAAAGGAAUGGCAAGGGAAAGAUACAUACUCUAAAACGGUUGACUCAAAUGAUAAUUUUUCCUAUUCAACCACUGAGUCCAUAGAAGGCUCAAAUGCUAAUGGCCAUAUGCCACCACAAUAUCAUAUUGAAUCAUCUAUUAAACAAAGCUUAGAAACACCAAUGCUAUGCAAACAGUAUUCGGAAUGUGAUAAACUAGGGGAAGAAGAACAUGUGAAAGGAAUGGACCAGCUUGAGGCAGAGCUUGAAGCUGAGUUGGAACGUUUGGAGCUCCACUUGGACAUAGAAGAUUCAUUAGAACAAUCACAACAACAAAGGAUUGAGGUGGAUAUUGAGGACACUGCUCCUCGAGGAAGCCUUAGCACGACUUUUGGAGAAGCGGUUGACCCUCCAGAGACAAGCAUCAGAAAGCAGUUUGGAGUCUGUCCUAAUGAACUUGAGAGAAGGUUGCAUGAAGUAGUGGAAGCAAGGCAACAAGAAAGGAUAAAAGAGUUAGAAGCUGCGCUAGACUCUGCUAAUCACAUGAUUCGCGAGAAAGAAAUGGAGGCCCUUUGGUGGAAAGAAACAAUGCAGCUUAUUUCUCAGAAAGUUCCAGAAAAUUCCCAGUUUACCUAGCAAUUUUUUUGAAGCUUCCCAUUUUUUUGAGGUGAGCAUUUGAACUUGUACAAAAAGCUGUUGAAAUUAGAAUGUACUAUUGCUUUUAAUUGUUGUAUCAUGUUCUCUUUGGUUAUUUUGCUUGUGGGUGGGGAAGAUAGUUUGCACAGAAACAAAAUGGAAACAAAAUGGGAAAAAGGGAAACAAGAGUACUUGUUUCAUUGAUGACUUCAUGUGUUUGUUUGUACUCAAUGAUUGAUAUUUAUGCUAUUUGCCUUGUUUUAUACA